CCUGGGGUGUAAUAUCCUUCUUGGCUGUUCAACCUGCAGCCCUCAGCUUAUAAAGCUAAGGCUACUUGACCGUGAUUCAAGUCUUACAAAUAACUUUACCUAUGUUUAGGGACACCUAGUGACUGAUGAUGACAGUGGGGAUGAUGGUGAUGAGGAUGAUGAGGAGGAGGGUGACGAUGGUGAUGGUCACGGUGACAUGAUGACGACGAUGGGCUAAGCUUUACGGAAUAGUUACUCUGUGUCAGCCACCCAGAAGGUGGGAGGGGUGCGACGUUCCAGAUGUUUCCGGGGUGAGGGGGCCUGGCUGGCUGGGGCAGCUGUCAGCAGGAGGGGGCAGCUCUGAGCUGUUCGCGACCAACAUUCACAGCAGGUGGGGAUCGGGGCACCAACAGCAGCCCCUGCUUUAACAGGUGAUGAGAUCGGGUUUGGUCUUCCAGCCCAGGAUAUCAACACGUAACACGCAGGCAGUUUCCAAAUGUUUGCACCUCGGUUCAGGACACCCCUGCUCUGCCGUUCUCUCCCACAAGCCCAGGCCCCCGGCGUACGUUACAGAUCAAGAGGCGCUGGGAUCGGAGAUGAAAACGGGAACAGGUGCUGUGAUUGUGCCGCCUCGUCCCCAUCGCGAGGAGCUGAAGCUUCAGGAAGGUGCUCCCUGGGGACGGGAUGCCUCUGUGAACCAUCUGGGGUCAUGCCCUUCUCUGUCUGGCCCUUGGCCUUUCCCCCCGUAGGCGACCGGGAGUACGUCCGGAGCAUAAAAGAACAAUACUGCUACGUGGCUUUGGACUUUGACAAGGAAAAAGCAAAAACGGACUCGCCUUCCUACGCCCAGAAAGUUCAGCUGCCCGAUGGCCAGGAGGUCACCCUUGGGCAGGAGAAGUUCUUCUGCCCCGAAGUGCUUUUCCGGGCGGACCUCAUGGGGAGAAACGACCUGGGCAUCCAUAUGAAGGCCUUCCAGAGCAUCAGCUCCUGCAGCCCCGCCCUCUGGAAGAUUCUCUUCGGCCACAUCAUCUUGUCUGGAGGUACCGGCUCCUGUUCCGGCCUGUGGUUCCGGAUGCAGAGAGAAAUAUCCACCCUGGUUUCCCCUACAAUUAACGUGAUGCACCCUUUGGGGGCUUCCUGA